AUCAACUACUGCAGGAGUCUGACUGUACUCCACAGCAGCAAACUGGACCCAAGAUGAUUCUGAUACUGAUUGGUUUGCUCAGUCUGUGUAGUUUGUCGGUGUCUCAAUACUACGUGUACCACUUCAUAAAUGAGUCUAAAUCGUGGGAAGACGCUCAGUGCUUCUGCAGAGAAAACUACUCAGACCUGGCCACAGUGGAGAGCAUGACUGACAUGAAGACACUCUUAAAAACUGGAGAUGGAGCUGAAGCCUGGAUCGGACUCAACAACAGAGCACCUGGGGAGAAGGACAAGAGAGAAUGGCACUGGUCUCUGCCUGGAGUAGAGUUUAACAAGGAACAAGAAGCCUGGAAGGACGAUGAACAACAUGACUAUGGUGGACUAGAGAACUGUGUGUAUGUUGACAGUUCAAAGAAGUGGUCCGAUGCUGGCUGUGAGGUUCCACGCUGUUUUAUCUGCUACAACACCACCAGUGGUCCAUUCAUAACAUACAAUGAUUGUAAAAACUGGACUGCGGCUCAGCACUUCUGCAGAGAUCAGCACACAGACCUGAUCAGUGGACCGGACCAGUUAAAUCAAAUGGAAAUAGGGACUAAAAGCUGCACAUGUGGAAACAACCAGUGGUGGAUCGGUCUGUCCAGAGACACCUGGGUCUGGUCUGAUGGAAGCAAAUCCUCAUUCAGAAAGUGGAGCAUCAAUGAUCCACUUUUGAAUAAAAGCUUCACCGAUGACAACAAGAACUGUGUGAAAGUGGGACCUCAGAGAACAUUUAUCCGAGAUUAUUGUAACCAGACCAGACCCUUCAUCUGCUACGACAACCCUUUCAUCCUGGUGAAAGAGAACAAAACCUGGGAGGAGGCUCUGUACUACUGCAGACGAAAUCACCGUGACCUGGCCUGGUUCAUCGACCACACUCACCUGAAGAACAUGGCCCAGCAGAGAGCCAAGGUGGCCGACAGCGACGCCGUGUGGGUGGGGCUGCACUACACCUGCUUUCUGGAGGCUUGGAUCUGGGUGAACGGUCACUACGUCUCUGACACCAAUGAGAACUGGAAGGUUCCAGGAGAGAGUCAGUGUGGAGUGGCUGGAGCCAUGGAGAGAGACGGAGACAACAAGUGGGUCAAGAGGAAUUCCAAGGAAACACUCAACUUCAUCUGUGUGCGCUAACGGACUAUACCUGAUUUCAAACCAUGUGUGAAAAGCAUGUUUUAGUUUAAACUUUUUCACCCUGUCCACUUUUCCUCCCACUGAUUUAUGGAGCUCAACAGUCCUGUCCACUUAAGAGUCCGUUUUGUAAAUUUUCCAUUCAUUUUUCCUGCAGACAUUUCAAAAAAUUCAAAUAUUUACAAAAGAAAGUUCAACUCACUGCUGCUGCUCAGGCAUAAAUCCUUCAAAUGCAAGGUUGUUUUUUCUUCUAAAAUUAUUCU